GGGGAUGCAGAGCUCGGCUGGCGGCGGCGGCGGCGGCAGCGCCACAUUGUUGCGUCCCUGCUAAGUCUGGGCGGCUGGGAAGGCAAGAGCGCGGCGGUUCUGCUCCUGGGGGGGUCUUCUGAGCCCUCUCCCCCCCCUCCUGGCUCCCGAAAUUGGGGCAGGCAGUCUGUGGAGGAAGUGAGUCCUGACGUUUCAUGGUUCGCCCCCUGGACGGUGUCCUGGCUUUGAUCUUCUCUAACUCACCCCCUCUCCCUCCCAGCCCAGGUGGGGAAGUCCCCUGGAGCAUGAGUCGCUACAGCUUCUCCAACCUGAUGGACUGGAUGUAUGGCGGGGUGGACCCCAGCUUUGAAGGCAACGGGGGUCGCGAAUGCGCUGCCUUCAUCCCUUGGGAGCAGCGUCUGCUGGAGAGCCUGGUCUUCACCACCAUAGGAAUUCUGGAGAUCCUGGUGUCUCUGCAGAAGAUCAGAAGGUCCGCAGCCAGAGAAGCUGCAGACCUCUUGGCUCAGUCCCGGCUCAAGGAGGAAAGUUGGGGCAGAAACGUCUUGCUGGUGACCCUCUGCCUGACCUUUGGAGUUGAAGUGGGAUUCAAGUUUGCCUCCAGGACGGUCAUCUACUUGCUGAACCCGUGCCAUGUGGUUACGAUGAUGCAGAUUUUUCUACUGGCUUGUCCACCUUGUCAUUUCAUCAUGAUUUUAUUCAGGUUGCAAAUGCACAUGCUGAAUGGGGCCCUUCUUGCUCUCCUGUUUCCUGUGGUUAACACACGCCUGCUACCUUUUGAAAUGGAAAUUUAUUACAUUCAACAUAUCAUGCUCUAUGUUGUCCCGAUCUACCUGCUACAGAAAGGAGGUGUCUACACUCCUGAGCCAUCCAGGAAUUUUUGGUGGGCCUUGCUCUCCACUGGGUUCAUGUUUGUCUACCACUACAUUUUUUUACAGAUCUUGGGACUUAUCACUGAAGUGAACUUGAACAACAUACUGUGCCCGGCUAUUUCUGAUCCUUUCUAUGGCCCUUGGUAUAGAAUCUGGGCAUCGGGACACCAGUCCAUCAUGACCAUGUUCCAUGGAAAACUCAUAAUUCUCCUUUUCUAUAACACUGUCCCUUUCUUUAAGCUCGGUGUGGAUGUACUACGAUUUCCGGCUAAGAAAGUAUCCUGAGACUCCAUCCUGGUUCUUAUUUCUUUGUUGAAGAGAUGAUCUAGAGAAGAACCAUUGUAUUUGGGGUUGGAGAAGAACACUGCCUAUACUGUUUUUGAUUUCUUUCUUCUAUUAUGACAUCAGGUUUAUCUUCCCACUAUUCUGCUGAAUCUUCAUUCCCUGUAACUGGCAAGGAUGGCGAAACCAUGGGCUUAUUUACAAAAAGCCACAAGUAGACUUAGAGUGCAACUUCUGAUCUUGCCACCCUGGACCUUUGGAGUUUCAGAUGUCCGUCAUAUCAAGGACUUUGGCUGAUGGAAAGCACUAUUCCGUUUGCUCAUGACUUCAGUCAGUUUUCCUCCUGUGUGGCAGCUCUUAGGUUUUAUCUUCAGCACAGAACCUCUUCUUGUCUCAUGUAGACUUUGAGCAUAAAUAGUGUUGGGUGCUUUCUCACUAUCAGUGUCGAUGCAAAGAUUCUUGCGUGGUUGAAAUUGGUUAAACAUAUGGGAAACAAUAACAAUCUACUUGCCAAACACUGCCUUCUGAAACUCCUGAAAAUUUAGGCUGAAGCCUGCUCAGAUGCCAUCAUAUCUGCUGGCACCUUCCAGAUUGUUCUUCUAAAUUAAUUGGUGAAAAACAACUUAAUUGCUGGAUUAAGAUUUAGGAGAUAGAUUUGUCUCAGUUAAAGGCACUGGCCAAGAAAAUCUGCCAAUUUGGAGUUGGACUCUAUGUCAUAGCUAUGUAUACUUACAUAAAUGUAUUACAUAUUGUACAUACAUGUAUUCAAUGUUAUAUCCACAUAUAUAUCAACUUCCCCCUACUAGGCCACUCCAGAACAAAGCAUAACCUUUCUUCAUCCACAAUUCACCAUCUGGCAAGACUGUGCUAGAUGAGAACCCUGCAGACCAACGUAUUUGGAGAUCCUUGGGGAAAACAGCACACAUUCAGGUUUGUCUGAAGUAGCCAAGCUGCAUUGGUGUAAAUUGGAGAAAAGUAAUCCUCAGAAGCAGAAUCUCUAGCUUUCUGAGUUGUUGCUGUGAUAGUUGUUCUGAAUUAGAUUUCUGCUACUCUUUUGUACCGUCCCCGCCAGUGUCUCCAGUUGUAUUGCCUUACAAGUCCCAUGCUGGGCAGCCUUUGAUAUCUCAAGCAGAGAAAAUUUGCCUUAAGGUCAACCUUAUCUGCUCUUUCCACCUGAAUGUGGGAAGUAAUGGGGUGGGGUGGGGUGGGUGCUCACCACGAAGUACUUCAAAAGUUAGUAUGAAUAUUUCAUUCCAGUUGACCAAAACUUGAAUCUCAUUGCAGUUUGGCGUGAUCAGAGAAUUAAUCUUCUACUUGAGGGCUUUAUAAAUCUUGGUGGUGGGGUUUUUUUUUUUUUGCAUUCGUUGAGACAUUUUGUAAAUAUUCAACUGUGAGUAUUCUUUAGUUGUUACUUUUCUAUCAGAAGAGAUAGUUCCUUCUAUGCUGCCCAGUGGGAAAUUUCCUCUCUCUGUUUCUUGGGCCAAAUUUCUGAUGUCAAAACCCCAGUGGGGUCCUGGGGAGCCAGGUGUCUUCUGCUGCUGCUUUGAUGAAUCUUGAUGUUUACUCUUCAACGUGGCCUAUUUAAACAGAUAUACAUACGUACAUGCAAUGAAAUUUCUAGAUGAAUAACAUAGCCACAGUGUUUUUGUGCUUGUGUGUGUGUGUGUGUGUGUGCAUGUGACAGUUGUCCUGGACUCCUUCCAUAUAGAACCAUAAAACUUACAAGGAGAUACGCAUCUGUUUUAAAUAGUGAAUAUUGACUUUUCUUUUUCUUUUUAAAAGCCAAGAAUUAGCUAGGUUUCUUAUUUGGACCUGCCAAUGAAAGUGAUCUUUGUAUUCGUAUUGUGAUCUCAAUGAUCAAUCUGGAUCUAUCCUUUGAUUCUGUGCCAUAUUUAUCAUCCACAAUCUUAAGUUUUUUCUAGACUAUGUAAUCAGUGUGUGGGUGCCUCUUGAUCGCAGGAGACUUUGAAUUUCCUUUUAGAGCUACUUGCUCAUAAAACAGGUGCCACUUGUUUUCUUUCCAGAUCAUACAAUAGCUGUUUCAAAAACAUUGUGUCUGCUGUUCAAGUCCCGGUUAUUUUAUGAAAAAGCUGCCUUGCUAGCACAAUAGAUUGGGAAUUUUCUUUUUAAGUCACUUAAAGGGUUUUCUUCUACAUGCGUCCUGGAUAAAUAGACCAGGGACUUGUAAACCUCUUUUGAGGGAGCGUUUUCUUUCAUUCUGUGAUUUGACAAGAGUUGUGGAGGCUGUUGAUCCAAGUUGCAACUUCUGUGAACUAGAAUUUUAGUUCUGGGCUGAAGCAAUCAGAUCCUGGAGAGAUUAGGGACUGCUGGUGCCAGAUCUCUAGAAGUUGAUAGUCUCUGUUUGAUAAAAAUAGCACCUUCAGCAGGAAAGAUAGCUAAUAUUGUUUGUUCUAGAGCUGGGAUUUUCCUUGUCCCUUUUUCUAAAUUUAAGCUGGUGAGCUUUGCUGGGGGAAAUGUAGCAGCAGGGCAUUAUCGCCUUUCAUUCUUAAUUUGAAGAUAAAUUCAGUGUCCUUUGUGGCGCCCCAGGCAGGCAUGAUCUUUGUAAAUCACUAACAGUGCAAGUGCCAAGGAAGAAGGUGCCAUAUUUCCUUCUUGAAAUGCAAGUAUGGGAGGAUUUCCCAUGCAGGGGCGGAAAAUGUAGUUAGAGGGAUACACAUUUUAAUUUAUAGAUUGGUUGGAGGAAGGAAAUAAUAAUAGCAUAAAUCGGUUAACCUGAAGAGAGGAUUUGCAGAUUGCAUCCCUCCAAAAUAAAAACCCUGUGUGGUUACUGUUUACUGAUGCCUGGCAGCUUUCAUUGGCCUGUGUUAAAUUCUUUGAAUGAAAGGUUGGCUCAAAGCAUCCUGGAACGAGGCUAGAAAAAAGCUGCAAGCAGAGAUUGUCAUGGAGGCCAAAGAGAGCGCCUUGGAAUGCUUUGGUCCUCUCCCUUUUAGCAUCACCGUUCCCAUCACCUACUCUUUUUUCAUAAAGUCUUGGAAGAAUCUUAGUUGGCUUCCACUAAUGGUUUGUCUACUGGGUAUGGAAUCCUUCCGAAUUGCUUUCCUGUGUUUUUAACAUCUUGUAUGAUUGUUGAGCCCAAGGUUGCUCAUGGUUUCCAUUUAUGGCUGUAAAACUUCUUGGAAUUCUAGUUAGGCGUUGUCUUUUGAAGACCGCCAGAAACGGAUGAUUGGCUUGUGUGCACUUUUAACGUCGGGUACCUCAGCGAAGCUGCUCCUUUUGUGGCCUGCAUCAGGGUUUUGAUACUUCCUCAUCAUGGAAAUUGAGUGUGCUUUGGAAAAAAUAAACUCAGAACUGAGUUCUACUCUCAUAGCCAAAAGGCACCAACACUCAACGUGCAUCGGAUUCACACUGGUUUUAUCUAUACCUGAGGUUGUGCAAAGGGAUGAUAUAUACCACCAUUAACUUUCCAUGAUGCAAGAGUAUUUUAAAAUUUUUCAAAGCAGGACCUUGUCAAAGGACUUUUUGUGGGGCCUCAGGGCUGGAAGUUUCUUGAAUUGCUGUAAUUUUACUUACAAGUGUGGCUGUUACAAACACCCAAGGUGUUUGGCUCUUACAAAUCUGGGAAAUUGGAAGUUUAUUGAUGUAGCUACAUCUAUCUGAAAUGGUCCUUUUCUUCUAGUGUCUUAGUUCAGUUGAUAGCUUGGCAAAAAAACAAAAAUCUUCGUGGCCAUACAAUCUUUUGUUUUCUAAUCAAAUAGCCUUCAAAUGUUAGUAUUUUAGCUCAUUCUGGCUAUUGAGGGAUAAUCAGAAGUAGAGUUAUUUCCAUUUUUGAUGAAUUAAAAAAUAGAAUCACCCACUAAGAUCAUUUUAUUAAGAUAUUUUUUAAAAACUUUUUUUUUAAAACGUAAAAGUCGUUUUCCAACAAAAUUGUGUAUUUGGGUUUAUGGCUAUAUAGUUGUCUCAAAUGUUUUUUCUAUCUCAAAAUAAAAUGUUUGUGAAAAAGAA